UUCCUUCUCGGCCUCCGGGUCGCCAACAACGCAUAAUCCGAUGCAUAUUAUUGGAAGUUUCCCCAGAAAUUAUCAACCAAUGGGUGUGCCACAUCGAACCACCAACUGCGACAACAGAUGCUGAGGUGUGUGACCGGUUGCACCGUGAAAAAAAAAUGAACAGGUUGCAGACAGGGACUGUGAGCUACCAUCGCAAAAUCAUUCGCAGAUAGCGAAACCGAGACCGCAGACGACAGAUGACACGUCCCAUGAAAACCUGCAGAUUGACGAUCCCCGAGUACUUUCCGAGGCGACACGGCCGCCGGACGUGCAUUCUGUCUGAUUAUCUGGUCGAGUAAAGAAAAGACCAGCCGCUGUGGUGAUAAUGGGCCACAGAUGCCCACCGUGGCAGAGAUCGCAGGCCGAAAUGAGGAUCGCCGUUGGAUGAAUGUUCGACCGUCGAAUUUGCGCGGACCCUAGCGGAUUUGCUUCUCUGUCCGACUUGUAAUCUAUGUCACCGCCGGACCAGCUA